CUCCAGGCUAAUUUGUUUGCAAACCCGGGAACCGAGGUUGGUUUAGGGUUGCUUUUUGCGGCUUUCGCACGGCAGAGCCAUUUCGAGCGGGAGCAGAAACAAGAGGUUUUGGUCGUGGGCGCAGAAGUAGAAGGAGAAGAUAAUUUUGGUCAACGUGCAGUGUCGGAAGAGAACCACCGAAAUGACCCUGAACUUCAGCUGCUGUACACCUUAUCGGCGCUUUUGGAGCACUACGUUCGACCAGAGAUGUCCGACCAGAGUCUGGUCAACAUUCUGUACGCGAUCGCGCGGUUGAGUGGCAAGUACUUCUAUCAGCAGGACGAUCACAGCAUAUUCAAUCCUAGCGCAAAUAAAGGUGGACCUGUCGUGGCAUUGACAGAACACCAAAAACAACUCAUCUCAAAUGAGAAAAAUGCAAGCUGCACGUCGAUUCUGGUGCCUGAUUUUGCCGUUCCGCUGUUCCGUCGCAUCACAGAGCAGGAACUGCCAGCGCGGAUUCAGCGGGGCAUGACGAUCCAGCACGAGGUCAACACGGCGUACGCUUUGGGGCGGCUACUUUACAGAUACGACGUAGCGGAGUUGCAUGACAAAAAGAGCCAAUUUUUUCCCUUGUUCGCCCUUUGCAGUAGAUUGGAAAGCCAAAAACACUUCCUCCUCUCGCAGCAGGUCGGAAACGUGCUGCACGCUCUUGCGUGUUUGAAGCUUGGAGUUGUAACGAAUAUCUCCUCUGGAGGCACGAGGAGGAGGAACUGGAUAGAGGAAGACCGAGCAGGUUCGAACACUGGUGAACUUGCGAUGCCGCGAUCUAGUACACCAGGACACAGGCACAGGGACGUCGUUGCAAGCUGCACCGCAUCUACUUCGAGCUGCAGUCCCUUCGUCCGCAAACUGCAAGCCACGGCGCUUUCAAUCUUCGAGACGGAGGUGAAGCCAGUGGGGAAAUUACCUGCGUUUUCCGCACACAUGGCAACAUCCUUGCUGGAGAGUUUGGGAGUCUUGUUCGAAGGGGAGAAUCAUGGUAGUAUUUCCGCGUGGUCAUCUGCAUCUCGUACGGGCCCUCGAGAACAAGCAACAUCGAAGCCGUACCAAGAUCCGGAUUUUGUGGCCCGGAUUUCGAAGCACAUCCGCCUCGCAGCGGAGGGCGAUCAGCAUGUGAAUGGCUUGGCGCUGACGGUUGCCAUGGCAAACUUGGGGAUUUUCGACCGGGAUCUUUUCGCGUACGCGCUCAUGAAGACUACGACGUCUACCUCUGGCGGCACAGGAUUAUUUGCGGCGCAGCACAAGGGGCUUCAAGCUUCUUUUCCUUACAACAUCAAAAAUGGCACGACCAGUCGUGCCGCCGCUACAAGGCAGCAGAUCGCCGAACAGCUCGGCAUGCUAGAGGCGUAUUCGGCUAUUUGCUGCGCGGGGAAAAGUGACUAUCCAGGACGGGCGAAUUAUGCUUCGUCAUUGUCCCCGAAUAAAGGUGGUUCUGACACGUCGACGGAGAUGAACUCCGGCGGACAGCGCGGUGCUACCACACCGGGAACCUCAGUUGAUGCAUCUUUCCCUCCCAUAACAUCAAUCCGGAGUGAAAUCGAAGCUAGUGUGAGUUCGGUGGAAGCUUUGAUCCUACAGGCGAUAGCGGAGGAACACGAAGAGCUGGAGAGGGGGGAUUCUUCUUCUUGGAACAGCACCACCACCAGUCAGCGACCACUAGUGGAAAGAGCAGUGACCGUGGAAGACCUGAAACGCUUCGCGAAUGUUUGCAACAACCUUAAUAUUUCAAGACCGUCCGAUGUCAUAUCUGAGUUAUCCGACGACAGCGACGACGCUUCUGGCGACCAGAAUGGAGUAGAUGAUGCGCCCGAGACAGGAAAAACGGCAGAAUUUUCGAGCCCUAGCCCCUUCCUCGCUGACCUGCUUCGCAUUCCUGGUGAAGGGUUGGGGAUUAACACGACCUUCCACAAGGGUGUGCCAUUAGUCAACACCCUGCUGCAAACCUUCCCGCAGCAUCUUCAGUUGUCUGGUAUGGAAGAGGAGAAAGCAUUGCGCACGAAGAAUGGCAGCACUUCCCCGCUUGCGAAGAGCGACACCCGUUCCGCCGCCGACUUGAUUCUGCGACUUUGCUCGAGGAAUACGAAUGUGGAGCUGCUGCAGAAGUGCUGGGACAUGGCAAACAACAAUUGUCAUAAUUAUCGCGGUCAUCAGAUGGUGGAUCCUCCGCUGCCAGGCUCGCGUAGUACAACGACCCAAUCACUAAUAACCGCUAAUACAGUAAUAAUUCCACGAUCGUUCCUGGACUUGCUGCAGGCGCAGCUGGCGACUAAUGUUCGAGUGAAGACGCUGCAGCAGGCGGUUGGAUUGAUCAGUGAAGGAGCUUCUACAGGAACUCAAAACUACAAUGGGCACCGCGCCGGCACGGCAGCCGCGACCAGACCGACAGCUAUGUUGAUGCGCCAGCGUGGAGGUUCUUCAGGAGCUACUUUUCUCUCAAAGAGCCUCCUUUCCCAGGUGUUUGGCAAAAUUCAAGCGGAGCUGUCGUCUGUCGAAGCGUUGAAGGGGGAGCUGCUCGCAGCGUGGGUGCCCGCGCCGGGUUGUGGCGAGCAAGGGCUUCCAGCACGGGACGUUUCGAACAAACCUCCUGCUGGUGCUGUGCGCGACAUGUUCUUGUCUUUCCUCAAAGGCCUGCAUACGCAAUACGAACUUCGAAGUUGCAGCUCCAGCGCACAGGGCGGCCCACAGUAUAACCACCGUGCGUCGUCCUCUUUCGGCGGGAAAAUGACGAAUAGCCCGGCGUUCUCUCAUCUCGACACCAAAUCAACAGGCUCCUUCGAUUUUUCCCAAUUCCGCGAAAAUCUCUGCACCGCCGUUAGGGAAGUAGUGACAUGUGGUGCAACCACAGCACCAGAUCUAGCACCAUCUUGUUCAACAAAUAAUGUUGCAUCCUGGCCGGAAGUAGAUGUUGUUGGAAGAGGAACUAAAUCUCUAUCGACGGACUUUUCGCACGUGCGAAUUUUGCUGAGGUGGAUCAAAACCGAUUUCACAACGACGGAGCUCUUCGUGCGGAAGGUGGUACUGGGGGAGCUGGGUAAAAAUGACGAAGAACAAGAGCAUCCUCGUCCGCGAGAUCCUGCUCUCCAUAAAAAGAACGCGGACGAUGACAACGACUCUGCUGCAGGAAAUUUCUCACGCGCAGCAAGUAGUUCUAGUCCAGCAUCCGACGCCGUUCUGUUGGCAGUUCUUGCGGAGCUAGAUAGUGUAGCAGGACCAGUGGCGGCCACGAGUGUCGCUUGUGAUGUUGUUCCCUCCUCUUCCUUGUCCACCUUGAGGAACGAAGUCGUGGACCGGCUUCUCAACAAAACGUCCAGCACAGCUGGAAUUUCCCAUGCUGCAGCUCCUACCCGACCGGGGCUGUCUGCUCGUCGACCUAUACCAGCUGCUCCUUUGGAGUUGCUAGAACUCUUGCAUACAGCCUUCCGGCGACAAGAAGAGCUACAUCUUCACGAAUACCAAGCCGGGGCCUCUACUAGUACAACUGCCAGCACGACGUCGGCAGAAGUACAGCGGUUCAUCUCCAAGCAAACUCCGCUUCUGCAAAAGAAACUCGCGAACCUGUUUCUCGACUGGUUUCCGCUCGGAGAAGAUGAAUUUUCGAGUGCGAUGAAUAUUUUCGGUUUAUUUGGCGCAAGAAGUAGUUCUACAUCAGCCUCGGCGGGGCCGCUGGCAUCGCGAGAACUGCAGCACACGAAAACAACUCCGCUUUUUUCUUUGCUGCUGCUUUUUGCGGAAAAGCUCGAGCCGAAUUCUGUGGAGCUGCAAGCGGUCAAGCACUGGGUACUGAAGGUGAUGGAGCGGUGGGGCAGAGAUCAUAGGGGUACAACUAGUUCGGUUUUUUCUACUGGUACAUCAAGUCGAACUUCCUCCGCUUUUGCACAAAACUUGUCCAUGGAUGACACGCUGAAGUUCUGUCUCUUCUGCGUCAGCACGGAAAUCUUUCUGAAAGCGGGGCCAACUAGUUGCACCAACAUCUUCGAUCUGGCCAAAAGCUUGGAGAAAAUCGUGCUCGCGAGGCAAUUUCUGAACGACGACCAGCGACGGAUGUUCGCGAACAUCGUAUUUCUCCUGAAGUCGGAUCACCCGACCUGGUACUUCGCUAAUCGAAAUGUCUCGAGCAACCUGCGACGGGCUUUGGACGAAGUGGCGUGAAGAGGAAUGAAGUCGUGUGUCUUCUGGAACAAAUAAUCGCGAAAGAAAAUGAAAAACUGUGCAAAAAACGUAUACUUGUGUAAGAUGAAGCCAUAUGCGAACGACGCUGCAAGAACUCCUGCAACAGAAUGAAUUGCAAAUACAGUGUUCCCAUUCUCCACGUGUCCUCUAAGUCCAGUGAAGUUCCCGAAGUUUUCGAUGUUCAUUGUGCGAAUUUCUGGUUCAUCUCAGAAGAUGCAACAUUUUAAUUUUUUCAGACGCUGGACAGCAUUAGUUAAUCACACGAAAACGAAUUCAUAUCCAAGCUCAAUUUCAUUUUCAACCACGAGACCUGCAUCCAAAUAAGGCUGUGAGAAAGUUUGACAAAAAUCUGAAAGACCC